UCCACGUCACCCAGUGCCACAGAGCAGCAGUGAGGACUGACUCACCUGCAGCACACUGACAAACAUGUGCCCCCGAUGGGAGGGGAAGGUGGCAAGGGGGCACCUUGUAUACGGGCGUCCUUGCACAUGAAGCCACAGCGGGGACACCCUUUGACCGCCGCGCGCCUCCGUGUCUCACUGCGAGACCGCUUUGAAGGCGCCUGCCAAGACAAACUCCCCUCGCCUAUUUAUGCCACUGCCUCCAAGUGCCCCCGGGACACUCGAUUGUCGGCAGCUUCCCUCUUCGCACCUGGAAUGGCAAAUUUGCGGGACUCGGGCGGAACUCCCGCUCCGUCCACACCCGAGUUCUAGUGUCUGGCUUCAGCAUUUGUCCUGGGGGGUGUGGCGGACUGGAAUGCCGCUCCCGUGGCUGCUAUGCCUCGCCGGGUGCGCCUUGCUCCUGACGCCGGGUUGCGGGGGCUGCGGGCCGGGUCGCGGCUACGGCAAGAGGCGCUCGCCGCGGAAGCUGGCACCGCUCGCUUACAAGCAGUUCAGCCCCAACGUGGCCGAGAAGACUUUAGGGGCCAGCGGGAGGUACGAAGGGAAAAUAACCCGGAGUUCCGAACGCUUCAAGGAGCUCACCCCCAAUUACAACCCCGAUAUCGUCUUCAAGGAUGAGGAGAACACAGGUGCAGACCGCAUGAUGACUCAGCGCUGCAAAGACAAGCUGAACUCUCUGGCCAUCUCCGUGAUGAACCUCUGGCCCGGAGUCCGGCUGCGGGUCACCGAAGGCUGGGACGAGGAUGGUCACCACUCGGAGGAUUCGCUCCACUACGAGGGGCGGGCGGUAGACAUCACCACCUCGGACCGGGACCGAAACAAGUAUGCCAUGCUGGCUCGACUGGCAGUGGAGGCGGGCUUCGACUGGGUCUACUACGAGUCCAAGGCCCACAUCCACUGCAGUGUCAAGUCAGACCACUCAGUGGCAGCCAAGUCUGGAGGUUGUUUCCCGGGCGACGCCUUGGUCACAAUGGAAAACGGCCUCCAGAAGCUCAUCCGCGACCUUCGCCCCGGCGAGCGAGUCCUGACCCUGUCCGGCAGCGACGACGGCUUCAAGUUGGCAUACAGCCGAGUUCUGACUUUUCUGGAUCGCGAACUAGGCACACGCAAGCUCUUCUACACGCUAGAGACAGAAGGCGGCGCACGUCUGUCCCUCACCGCCGCACACUUGCUGUUUUUGUCUCAGGGUAACUGUUCCGAGGGGGCGCCACCCAGCCCCGGCUCCCUCAGGACUGCGUACGCUUGCGACGCUCGCCCGGGCCAGUGCGCAUUGGUGGCCGGCACUGAUGGACGGGGAACUCUUUCCCGGAUCGUUAGGGUCACUGUGAUGGAGGGGAGGGGGGCUUUUGCUCCCCUGACGGCACAAGGGACCCUUGUGGUGGACGGGAUGGUGGCAUCCUGCUAUGCGGUUGUGGAACAGCAUUCCUUGGCUCACUGGGCCUUCUCGCCACUCAGGCUGAUGCACAGCUGGACUGGCAGCAGUGGUUACCGUGGCGAUGGGGUCCACUGGUAUGCUGAGCUUUUACACUGGCUGGGGGGGAUGUUGCUAGACUCCGGACGCCUCCACCCAAUGGGCAUCACCCCCAGGUGAGGAGGAAAAUGGAAAAAAAGACAAGCCAGCAAAGCUGUUUGGGUUGCUGCUAAGCAUCACGGGAGUUGACUGUUACUAGAAGAUGAAAAACAAACAUGUCUUAAUCUCCUGGUGUUGAAGAGUGAAUUAAAAGUAAUUUAUCAUGAGCCACAAGAGAUGUCGUAACCUCCAAAAAAUACUUAUCUAUGAUACUUUUAUCUAAAUUGAAAUCUACUGAAAUGAAAAGUUGCACGCGAACAGCGUUGAACAAAAAUAUCAAUGCAACACUUUGGUCUUUGCUCCCAUUUCUCACAAGCUCAAUUGAAAAAAGAGUUUUCCGGUGUGGACAAAAGGCCUGUUUCUUUCAAAAAUGUGCUUUUCCCACAUAUUGUACUUUACUUACACUUUGCCUGCAUAUUUCACAGGUGGACAGGUUACACUUGGGUCAUAUCAAGACUGGACAGCCUUAAUAUUGCACUGGUGUAAAGGUUUUUGGACAUACAGGGAUGAAAAUAAGUAUUUGAACACCCUGCGAUUUUGCAAGUUCUCCCACUUAGAAAUGUUGGGUGGGUUUUAAAUUUUCAUAGUAGGUGCUUGGCUACUGUGAGAGACAAUCUAUUAAAAAAAUCCAGGAAUCACAGUGUAUGGUUUUUUAACAAUUUAUUUGUAUCAUACUGCUGCAAAUAGGUAUUUGAACACCUGUCUAUUAGCUAGAAUCA